AUCACGCCCGGGCACAGCCCCUCCGGGCAGUUCCCCUCAGGUGCUGAAGAAUUUGAAGCCAAAGAUAUUGAAUGCCUUGCCUGAGACCAUUCUGCUGAUCUAUGCUUCUGAUGUGGGGCUAGGAAAACACAUCCGUCCUCAGCUGGAGGAAAGCCAGAGAACAUCUGAGUAGAAGCUGGAAACAUAAUUUCACGAACAUAAAAGGGUCUGUGACUGAAGUGGCUCAGCUAAGGAGUAGCUCCUCACGGCUCUUCACACCACCUGGAAAUAAGAAGUUGAAACAAUUUCACGCCAUCUAGAAGACAUGGGUUGUGGUAGUUCAUCAAUUAAAGUCAAGAAAUCUGCAAAAACAAUAAGAGCCGCAUUGGUCAUCCAAAAUUGGUACCGAGGUUACAGAGCUCGGUUGAAGGCCAGACAACGUUAUGCUCUCACCAUCUUCCAGUCCAUUGAAUAUGCUGAUGAACAAGGUCAAUUACAGUUAUCCAAUUUCUUUUCCUUCAUGUUGGAAAACUACACACAUAUACAACAGAAAGAUCCAACAUUAGUACAUCGGCUGUUUGGUAUUGGCCCCCAUGCUGACAACAGUAGGCAGGAUUUUAUAGGGCUGAUAGAGAUUCCAGACUCCUAUAGUGGCCCCCGGCUGCAAUUUCCACUCAGUUCUGUUUCUCUUAAUACACUGAUUGAAGCCUUUAAGAAGCAGCAGAUACUCCAUGCCUAUUAUGUUUUAGAGAUACUGUUUGAAACUAAGGAAGUCCUGAAGCAAAUGCCAAAUUUUACUCAUAUAAGAACUUGUCCUAACAAAGAGAUAACAAUUUGUGGUGAUUUACAUGGAAAAUUAGAUGAUCUCCUUUUGAUCUUCUCCAAGAAUGGCCUCCCCUCAGGGCAGAACCCAUAUGUUUUUAACGGAGAUUUUGUAGACCGAGGAAAAUAUUCCAUAGAGAUCUUAAUGAUCCUGUUUGUGAGUUUUCUUCUCUAUGGUGAUGACCUGUGCCUGAACAGAGGGAACCAUGAGGAUUUUUUGAUGAAUAUGAGGUAUGGCUUCACAAAAGAAGUCUUGGGUAAAUAUAAGAUAUAUGGGAAAAAAAUCCUGCAAGUCUUGGAAGAUGUUUUUUCCUGGCUGCCACUUGGUACAAUCAUUGACGAUGAAAUCCUGAUCUUGCAUGGUGGGAUAUCAGAGUCCACAGAUUUGGGUUUACUCCAUCAUGUAGAGAGAAACAAAAUGAAAUCUGUGCUGAUGCCACCAGUUCCAAUAGAUAAAGAAAGCAAUUUUGAAUCUAGGAGAAAUAAAGGACAUACUCUUCGAGGAAUCAGAUUAAAUGGAUCCCCUUCUGAAUAUUUAUCAAAGCAUGAGUGGGAACAGGUUAUCGAUAUCCUGUGGAGUGAUCCUAGAGGUAAACGAGGCUGUUACCCCAACACUUGUCGAGGAGGGGGCUGCUAUUUUGGGCCAGAUGUUACCUCCAAGUUUCUUAAUAAAAACCACUUGAAGCUGCUCAUUAGGUCUCAUGAAUGUAAGCCUGAAGGGUAUGAAAUCUGCCAUGAUGGGAAGGUUAUUACGGUAUUUUCUGCUUCUAAUUAUUAUGAAGAAGGCAGCAAUCGAGGAGCUUACAUCAAGGUGGGUUUUCGUACAACCCCUCGAUUUUUCCAGUACCAAGUCACAAAGGCAACGUGCUUAAGACCUCUUUACCAAAGGGUGAAUACUAUAGAAAGUAAUGCCAUCAGGAUAUUAAAAGAGAGAAUGAUUUCACGAAAAACUGACCUCAUUCGUGUUUUCCAACUUCAAGACCGCACUAAGUCAGGGAAAAUUUCUAUGGGCCAAUGGGCUUUUGCCAUGGAGAACGUUUUGGGGCUGAACUUACCAUGGAGAACCUUGAGUUCACAGCUGAUUAUCACAGACCAAGAUGGGAAUGUUGACUACAUGUCCUGCUUCUACGAUAUCCACAUUCAAAAACCUGUGAAAGAGGUUCAGUCAGCUGUAAUUGAAACUCUGUACAGAUACCGAUCUGACCUGCAAAUCAUCUUUAAUGUCAUUGACUCUGAUCACUCAGGUCUGAUCUCCAUGGAAGAAUUUCAUUCCAUGUGGAAACUUUUUAGUAGUCACUACCGUGUUCAUAUUGAUGAUUCCCAAGUUGAUGAGCUUGCUAAAAGAAUGGACUCGAACAAAGAUGGAAGCAUCGACUUUAAUGAGUUUUUAAAGGCCUUCUAUGUAGUACACAAAUUUGACAACGUGGGAAAAUCAAACACCAGUCUUGCUUAACAAGAAGUAGGGUUUCCCUCCUUAUGUACACAGUCACUAAUACCGUCUUUUGCAGAACCAGUAGUAGAAAGAAGUAAACCCCAAUUUCCGCCGUGAGCAGAUGUAUGGUGUGGGUAUUGGAAGUGCCCAGUAAGCUGUUUUGUAAAGACUAGGUUAAAUGUCAGCUCCAGUGGUAGGACUCACACAUUUCUAGAUAGAAACUGAGCCUAGUGUUGGUCUCUUUGAUGUCCACUAACUAGGAGACUACAGCAAUUUAGAACAUACUGAAAGAAAACCAUAAAACAAUAAAAAUUGCAUCUGUGAGUGGCCGAAGAAUAGGAGGAGGAAUACUGAACUAUUAAUACAAUAAAAUACAUCCAGCUUUCAACUGUAAUCUUCUUUGACGAUACCAUAAACCAGAUUCUCAAUUAUGGGGGAACCACACUUCAGGGAUUUGGGCCAUAUCAGAUUCUUAGGAUAAACUGUGUUUGAGAUACAAAGUGAACACUUUCAGAUUGAGCCCUGCAAUUAAUAUGGUUUGACACCUUCACUGGUAAGAUGGGACCUUGGUUAUGCAUACAUUGUGAAACUUAUUCUGCUAUUCCAAUUGCAUAUCUAACACAAUAAGAGAUUUCUGUUUAAAGGCAAGUAUAUUUUAAUAUUUCUAAAGUUUGAUAACUUCAAGAUCUAUCAAUAUACCAGGGUAGAUAUCCUGCAGUGCUGUCUGCUAUAUACACCAAAAUAAUGGACAAAAUAUAACAAAUCUCUUUUUUAAAUGAAUAACUGAGCUGGUAGGAAAGUAAAAGAAACCCCUGUGGGACAGGGAAAAAAAAGAGCGUAAUUAAAAUCAGCAAUAUUAACAUUGGGCAGGAUAGACUUUAAGGCAAAGAAUAUCAUUGGGUAAAAAAAAAAAAAAAAAAG